AUGGAUUUGAGGCCAUAUUCAGUUGUGGAAAAUGCUGGAUUCCGACACAUGCUGAAGGUCAUUGAACCCCGCUAUGAAGUUCCAACCCGGCCACACUUCAGCCAGAAAAUUAUACCCAGUCUUUAUGAAAAAACUAAAUCUGCCAUCGUCCAAGAAUUAUCAAAGGCAUGUGCGGUAGCGCUAACAACUGAUGGGUGGACAUCGAGAGCAAACGAGAGCUACUUAACUGUGACGGCGCAUCACAUUAACUCCAAGUGGAGCAUGGUUAGCUACGUUCUGCAAACUCGUCCCAUUUAUGAGCAACAUACAAGCGCAAACCUGGCAGAGAUGCUAAAAGAAACUGUGCAGGAGUGGAAAUUGGAGAGGCCAGGAACGAAAAUUACAGUUACAACAGAUAAUGCCCGGAAUAUUGUCAGUGCAGUCAGCGAAUCUGGUCUGGGUCCGCAGAUCGGGUGUUUUGCGCACACAAUUAAUCUUGCUUCACAAAAAGCUACAGAACUCAACCAGAUUUCGAGACUGCUUGGCAAAGUGAGACGCAUCGUGACUUUCUUUCACCGAAGCCCCACAGCUGCGCACAUUUUGGAGAACAAACAGGAGAUGCUCAACAUCGCAAAACACAAACUUAUUCAGGACGUCACCACGAGAUGGAACUCGAGUUAUGACAUGCUUGUCAGAUACCUUGAGCAGCAGGCAGCGGUGUACUCAGCGCUGACCGAGAAGGCUCUGAAGAAGAAAGACAUCAGCGUACUGUCUGACGUGGAGGUGAGGACGGCAGAGGAGAUAAUUGAGGUGCUAAAGCCACUAAAAACGAUCACUGCUCUUGUAUGCACUGAAGCUUCACCUUCAGCAUCAAUGAUACUGCCCCUUAAAGCCACACUACUCCAAUCCAUGGAGCCAAAUGAGGGAGAUAGUGCAACAGUGACCCAGGUCAAGGCUGCCAUCAGAGAAAACCUGCAGCAGAGGUACGCCACUUCUCAGGACUUUUUACACAGAUGCACAGUGCUGGACCCAAGGUUUAAGACACUUGCUCAUGUGGAUGAUGCCUGUCGGGAAAGGAUCUACAACAGCCUCAUCAACGAGAUUGUGGCCAUUCAAGAAGAGAGCGAAGAAUCCACAGGGGCAGCUGCUUCAUCCUCAGAGACAGGACCCGCAGCGGCAAAUGAAUCCUCACCUCCAGUCAAAAAAUCCGCAAUGGCUGAACUGUUUGGUGAUCUCUUCAAGACACGGGUGGGAAACAAGGAUACCUUGCAGCUGGUGAAUGAGGAGGUUACCAAACACAAGGCACUGCCUUGUAUACCAGCGGACUCUGAUCCACUUUUGUGGUGGAAGACCAGUGAGUACAUGUACCCCCUGACUGCCAAGCUGGCAAAGCACUACCUCGCCAUACCUGCUACCUCCGUCCCUAGUCUUGAGGCAGGAAGUGCGGGAGUGGCAGCGUCCAAUCCUGACGAAGGAGGGUUGGUCUGCAGACGGAGGAAGAAGCUGCCAAUCGCUGAGGAGGAUGGUGUAGAGGGUGGUCACCAGGGCCCCCCUCUGGAGUCAAGCGUGGAGGUGGGGCAUGGAGUCGAGUGCCUGGUGGUCAGGCCUUUGCUUGUUGGGCCCAGUCGGGUUCUGCUCAAGAGGGUGUACAAGGUUGAGCAGUUUCAGCUAGAUCUAGUUGGACUCACCUCAACGCAAGGCCUGGACUCUGGAACCACUGUCCUCGAGAAGGGCUGGACUGUCUUCUAUUCUGGAGUUGCUCCCGAAAAGAUCAAUGUGGCCGGGGAGAGUGAAGUCUGGGCUUCCCUGCUUACGCAGCUGCCCCCACAAUCCGACCCUGGUUAA